AUGGGUCUGGCCGAGGCGUCUGGAGGUCUGUUUGGAACUGGAGUGAAUCUUGAAGAUGUCGAAAGAGGACUGCGAAGAGGUUUAAAGACGUCAAUCAAAUGUACUGGUGAAAAGGAAAUCGUUCGAAUUGGCGAAAAUCAGGGAUUCCUCUCCAGUGUUGGCGUCCUUCGUUGUAAUUGGUCUGGUGAUUCUGCCAAUUUACCGACUGAAGUGGUGUUCAAGAUAGCGACGCUCACAAAUUCAGCAUCGAUAUCAAAUCGUUCAAAGAAAACAAUGACAGGGGAAAUAGCAAAACGAAACAGGCUGGUGUGGGAAGCAAGGGAGCGCAAUCUCCGAAAGGUGACCAUGUUUCUCAACAAAAUGCUGACAUCUUCGUCGAUACGGCUGUUUCAGUGGCACAAUAAUGAAAUCACGUUUUACGAGACAGUAGCCCAAUUGCCUGUCCAGUUGAGCAUCGUACCGAAACUCUAUCAUGGCAGAAAAUUUGAUAAGGAAAACGAGAACAUGGGAUUUCUCUGUAUGGAGUUCGCAAAAAACUCAUUCCUUCUCAAAUACACGACUGUGAUACGUGCUCUGAUAGACGUACAAAUUGGCAUGGGAUCAAUUGAAAAGAAGAAAGAAUGCUUCAAUGUGAACGUGUAUGAAGAACUGUACAGCGAAAUGUUGCAACCUACCGUGAGUACAUACAUGACUACUUUUCUUGAAGGGUCUCAACUCAAAAAUGAGAGUAUAACCAGGUCAAGGAAAGCACCAGCGUUAACCAUCCCAGGGUGGAGAUCG